GUUUCCUGCGGGCUUCUAAGACGCUGCACCUAGCUAUGUGCUGGCCAUGAGCUGUACUUCCGGGCGGUGCUGUCAGACGCUAACACUAAGUAGCCCCGCCCGGAAACUGGACACAGAGGCACCGGGAGCUUAUCUUCAUCAUUUCAAUAAUGGAAUCUCAGAACUCGCUCAAACUCUACUCCCGGAAGCGGAGAAAAGAUCCUGCAGACCCCAAUGGUACAGCAGAUGAAGACCCUGUUCCUACAAAAAUGCCACGUGAAACACAUGGUGUCAGCCAGCCUGCGCCCUUCUCAGACGAGCUGGAAAUUGACCUCAGUAAACCAUACAAACGAGUUACCAUGGAAGAAGCAAAAAGGGGAACCCCACCUGACAGACCAGUGAGAGUUUACGCUGAUGGAAUAUUUGACCUGUUCCACUCUGGGCACGCACGAGCUUUAAUGCAAGCAAAGAACCUCUUUCCCAACACAUAUCUGAUUGUAGGAGUCUGCAGUGAUGAAUUGACUCACAACUUGAAGGGCUUCACAGUGAUGAACGAGGCAGAACGUUAUGAUGCAGUUCAGCACUGCCGCUACGUGGAUGAGGUCGUGAGGAAUGCCCCAUGGACUCUCACCCCCGAGUUUUUAGAAGAGCAUAGGAUUGAUUUUGUAGCACAUGAUGAUAUCCCUUAUUCGUCUGCAGGAAGUGACGAUGUCUACAAGCACAUAAAAGAUGCAGGUAUGUUUGCUCCCACAGAGCGUACAGAAGGUAUAUCCACAUCUGAUAUUAUAACCAGGAUUGUACGAGAUUACGAUGUUUACGCUCGUCGGAAUUUGCAGCGUGGUUACACCGCCAAGGAGCUUAAUGUCAGCUUCAUCAAUGAGAAGCGAUACAACCUGCAGGAGCGAGUCGACAAGGUUAAAAAGAAGGUAAAAGAUGUGGAGGAGAAGUCAAAGGAGUUUGUGCAGAAAGUGGAGGAGAAAAGUAUAGACCUUAUACAGAAGUGGGAAGAGAAGUCCAGAGAGUUCAUUGGGAACUUCUUAGAAAUGUUUGGUCCUGAGGGAGCCUUGAAACACAUGUUGAAAGAAGGUAAAGGCAGAAUGCUCCAGGCUAUUAGCCCAAAGCAGAGUCCUAACAGUAGUCCUACCCGUGAUAGGUCCCCCUCCCCAUCCUUCCGCUGGCCCUUCUCUACGAAGAGUUCUCCACCUGCUUCUCCAGGAAGACGUUCACGGGCCACAACUCGUGCCUAUGACAUCAGCGAGGAUGAGGAAGACUAGUAAGACUUCACUCUUCUGAAAUCUUACCUUCAGCUGCUAAUUUCAUGUCCUCUGAGAUCCGGAACUGCGGCAACUCAGUGACGAAAAAUGCACUCAGUCUAAGUCUUUUACAUCCAGCAUUGUGAGCAGAAUGGUUGACAAAACUGAGUUUGACAGUAGUUUCAACUCUUGCUUCCUCCCUACAAAGAUCAAUUAUAUGUUUUGCAUUUUUUUUAAUGAAACAUCCCUUCCUUUUUUUUUAAUGAACUCUGUGUACUUGCUUUGUUAUUGAUUUACUUUUCUGUUUCAAUGUUUUAUCGCAUGAGGUCAUUCUUGUCUCCUGUUCUCAUCAAUUGUAUUCGAUACUACAUUUCCUUUUUGCACAUUUCCUCAGCUGUGAACUCCCACUUCAAGAGGCAGUAGAGGAUUUCCAUGUAAAUAGAUGAGUUCUAGGACUGGAUGUGACAUAGAGGGUGGCGGAAAUUGUCACAGUAUUGGAGGCAUUCAUUAAAUCCCACUGAACUGGGACUAUGGGGGUUGUGACCAGUGGAGGAUCUUAAUUGUAUUUAAUCAUUAACCCCUUGGAGUCUAGCCAUGUUGCAUUAAAAGUGCCUGUUGUCAUAA